UGUGUCUGUGCAGAGAAUUCAACAAUAGCAGUGUUAAAACCAGAACAAAUUUGCGCAGAAUGUAAUAAAACUUUUUGCAAAAGCUAUAUGAAAGAAAAAUGUUCAGAUGCUAAUGGAAAUUUUGAAGGGGAAAAAGGGAAAGGAAAAGAAGGGUGCGAAAUACAAGUUACUGCUACAUGUUUUGAGCGUGAUUCAAAUAAAGAUGAAGCAAUCGUAUAUUUUUACAUAGCUAUAACAAGUGGGCUACUUAUCACUGCUUUCGCAAAACCUUUUGUAGAAAAAUGGUUGAAUCGACCAAAUCCUCCACAUUUUUACACCUCAAUGCCUAAUAGUUGA